GACGCGUACGCGCAACAUCCUGCUUUACUGCUCCCCUGCAAAGACGGGUCGCCUUGCUUUCAGUCAGAGAAUCCAGCUGUCAGUCAACUAGACCCCCAUUCAGCCAGUGUCAGACUGUAUGUGGCACACGGCGGAAAGCCCGGUCCUGAUAAAUACGCAACAAAGACACCGCUGGAUGUAGGUGGACCUCCAGUGAUCAACAGAUCGGCAACUCCACUGUCCACUCCUCCUGCGAAGCAGAAAAAGAUGAGGGACCUCAAAGACAAUACCGGAGAUAACUGGCACAUGUGAGCGAUUGACAUAUUUAUUACCACAUUCUCGAGCCAGUCACGGCGAUAUGAACAAAUUACCUCCCGAGAUUUGGUUUUAAUCAACCGAUGCAACUGUUUUUGGCAGCGGAGGAGGUUCAGUCCUUGCCAAAAUGACCAGACUAUUGUCUAGCAUCGUUGUAACGGAGUGGGCCCGCAGGAAUUUUGGCACCGGUUUUACGCAGCAGACCACAUAGUUAAUCGACGUUCCUCGACCGAAGGCAGAAUAGUGUGGCGGGAAUGGACAAAGAAUGCUUACACGUCUCGUAGUGAUGCUGUGAGAUAAAAUAAAAAGACAUCAGUGAAACACCCCGCUGCUUCCUCCCGGGAGAAGUGGAGCCGAUUAUCAACGUCGGGAUUCAAGUUUGGACCUCACCAAGUCCAAAACGACUAUCCCCUCCCAAAACAAGGAUCAUCUUAUAUCUUAAAGCAUCUUCACAGACUCGCAUAGCGGCCGUAGGGGAGAGCAGCAGCAGCAGCAGCUUCCUCGGCUGGCACAGUGCGACUGUCUCUGGAUCUCAUCACUGCCCCUGUUUCUGGUUUGGCAUGGGAGCACAGGAGCAGUCGUCCAACCCUCAAAGCAGAAAAGCAUUUCCCCCUGAGAGUCUGUGAGCAGGUGAGAGAGGGACACUGUCUGCCCCACUGUCCAGCGACACCAUGAGCUGGAGCUUCCUCACGCGGCUGCUGGAGGAGAUCCACAACCACUCCACCUUCGUGGGGAAGCUGUGGCUCACCGUGCUCAUCGUCUUCCGCAUCGUUCUCACUGCUGUUGGGGGAGAGUCCAUCUACUAUGACGAACAGAGCAAGUUUGUGUGCAACUCGGGCCAGCCGGGCUGCGAGAAUGUCUGCUACGACGCCUUUGCCCCUCUAUCUCACGUCCGCUUCUGGGUCUUCCAGAUUAUCUUGGUGGCGAUGCCUUCUCUCAUGUACAUGGGCUAUGCUGUCAACAAGAUCGCACGAUUAGAUGAAGCUAAAGGAGGAGGUGGUUCUGCUGCAGUUAGAACAGGAGGAGGGGGCUACACACACCGGAAGCCCAGGAAAAUCUGCUUUGGAGCACGGCAGCACCGGGGCAUCGAGGAGGCAGAGGAGGACCAGGAGGACGAUCCCAUGAUUUAUGAGGUGCCAGAGAUCGAGCCCCCAAAAAGGCCACGGGAUCCACUGCAACCCACACCGAGACCAAAAGUCCGGCAUGAUGGGCGCAAGCGUAUCCAAGAUGAGGGGCUGAUGCGGGUCUAUGUUUUGCAGCUGGUGACUCGUACAGUGCUAGAAGCAGGCUUCCUUGCAGGCCAGUAUUUGCUGUAUGGGUUCCGUGUGAUGCCCGUGUUCGUGUGCUCAGGGAAACCUUGUCCCCACAGCGUUGACUGCUUUGUGUCGCGGCCUACAGAGAAGACCAUCUUCCUGCGCAUCAUGUAUGGUGUUACUGUCCUUUGCCUCACGCUCAACGUUUGGGAGAUGCUCCAUUUGGGGAUUGGUUCAAUCUGUGACAUUCUUCGCCGUCGGCGCAGCCCACCUCCGGAGGAUGAGUACCAGUUGGGUUUGCUGGGCACCAACGGGGGUGUGGAGAGCUCAGUAGGGGGGACAGGGCCUGAGGCAGGUUCUGAGGGAGGGGUGGGUGGAGAUGGGGCUGCUGAUUACGUGGGCUACCCCUUCUCGUGGAACACCCCAUCAGCUCCACCUGGCUACAACAUUGUGGUAAAGCCAGAGCAGAUGCCCUACACGGACCUCAGUAACGCUAAGAUGGCAUGCAAGCAGAACCGGGCCAACAUUGCCCAAGAGGAGCAGCAGCAAUUUGGCAGCAAUGAGGAUAACUUUCCCACUGGAGGGGAGGCCCGUGUGGCUUUGAACAAAGACAUGAUCCAGCAAGCUCAUGAGCAACUGGAGGCGGCCAUCCAGGCCUACAGUCAGCAGCACCGGGCAGAGGAGCAGCUUGGGGACAACCAGGACGACAAGCCCCAAAGUAACAUCAUCCAGGCCCAACCUCAGCCACAGCCUCAGCCUCAGAAAGAGCGCAAGCAUAAAUUCAAGCACGGGAAAGGAGGCAGCAGUGGAGGAGGCAGCAGCAGCAACAGCAGCAGUAGCAAAUCAGGAGAGGGCAAGCCCUCUGUAUGGAUUUAACCCCAGAAAUGGGGUUAAAUACCUGACAUGUAUUGAAACCAUGUAUAUAUUAGAGAUUGGAUGAUGAGUUGUUGCAAACCUUGGAUAUUUAAACACCACUGUGCCUUAAAGAAUCCUGCAAGCUGGAGAAGAUCUGUUUGUGUACUAAGGUGUGUAAAAAAAGGUGAUGUUGCAGCUGACAAUUUGUUUUGUCUGGGCUAUCACUGUCUAACUUGAAUCAUCACACCAACACAAACUGUAUAGGCUACAGUCUGUCGUUUACAUGUCUCGUUCUCAAGUUCUGAAGCAGAUUAUUGACCUCUGUUGUCUUCACGUUUAUCCUUUCUUAGGGAUUUGAACUUUGGAAAAUUACUGAAUGAUAAUGAGUUCUGUUGCAAAUCAGAUUGAUCCCAGAUUUGGCUUAGCUCAUUUUCUGGCUGCUCCUCUGCAAAGACACCAUCUCCAUUAAUACAUUGGCAUCCUAAUUCUUGGGACAUCAAAAUACAAUGACAUCAAAAUGAAGCAUCAUCAUAAUAAAAAGGCAAAGGGAUGCCAUGUCAUCACUAUGCCCUGGCUAGCUAAAGCUAUGACUUCUUGCUGUAAUGACGUCAUCAAGGGACGUCAUAACAACAUAAAUGCAAUAAAAUGAAACGUAAUUCAGUGACAGAGCCUAAAGCAGUGGCUUUAUAAUGCAGUGAGAACAUCACCUUCCUGAAGGCUGUCCUGUCAGUCAUGUUCUGUGUCUGCUUUCUCUCCAUUGUCGAUCACAGUGUUACGCUGCUGUGACUUUGCAUUUGACAGUGUGUUUGUAUAUGUUUCCUGUGUUUUUUUUAUGUGUGCUACACCAGCUGCUGCUCAGAAACUGUGGAGUACAGCGGAUGGCUUUUUAUCCAGUCUAAAUCUGAAAUUUCCUGAGAAAAAGAUAUUCUUUUUAACAAGGUGCAUAAGCAAUCCAGUUGUUAUACCUUACUCUUCAACUUUACAGUAUCUCUGGCUCUUCAUGGCUGUUGAACAAGGCUGCUCAGCACUCCACUGGUGUUCCAUCUGCCUUGUAGUUGACUGCCCCCUGGUGGUAUCUUCUACGGGGCUUCCUUUAUUUGGGAGUAGAUACCAGUUGCCAAUGCUACCUGCAUCCAGCAACACCUUAACCAGCUGUAGCGUUCCUUUUCUACUGAAAAGCUUUGUGUCAGUUAAGUCUUCACAGCGCUACACAUUCAGUGUUAGAUGCACAAGGCUGCAAUAUCACCACGGUGAAAAGGUUUCAAGCCAUUACUAUAAUAUAGUGAGACCAAACACUGUCUGUGUGAUGCAAGUGUCAGUGCCAAGAUUUUAUGCUAGGCUGCUAUGAAGCCUGGUUGUUUGUAGCUUUGGAAUACUGUGGCCAUGCUACUCCAGUUGUGGAAAAAUGCCUACAUGAGACCAACCCUUUUGUAAAAGUCACUUGUUUUUUCUAUUACAGUAUAUGUAUUGCUUUUUGGAAUGGGAUUUAUGUUUGAACCAGUGUUUUAUAUGAAAACACUCUUUUUUUGUAAAAUAAAGAAAAACAAAGCAAGUUAUUUUAAAAAUGAAUUAGUGGUAUGGAUAUUUAUGGUUAUUGUGUUUUAAAUUGCCUUCCAAUUGUAAAAAAUGUGAAAUAUGACAUAGUAUAUUUUUUAUAAUAUGUCGGCUACAGUGACUUAAUGACGUAAAGUAAAAAAGCCAGACUUUUCCCUGUAUGUUACAGUAUCAGUAUUUAAUGUAUGUAUCAACCCUCUGGGCUGUGUUUUUAAUAAACAGUGUUACUCCUUUUCCAACAUUGUUCUGAGAUCUGCUAAACAGCUGUGUGCGGAGACAAACUUGCUGAUGGAAUCUGUUGGGGAAAGAACAUAAAGUGCCAAAUUAUUCAAACCCUUCCAAGCUUCGCCCCACAGUAGCUUUCCAAACAAGCAGCAGUUCUGAUUGCUUACUCGUUUCAUGAAGGUACAUUGUGACGUGGCUUCCUUCACAUAAACAUGGUGUACAAAACAAAUAGAAAGAAUCUUUAUGAUUGGUUUAUUCACCACUGGGCUCCACAUGUCUUUUCAAUAAGCCAGCCAGCAGCAGAUAGUCAUAAAUCACCAAAAGUACUUCAGUCAGCCGCUCCCCAGAGCAAUGAUUGAUACUGGCUCCACUGACGCCGCCAUGAUCCCAAUAAGCCGCAGGUGACUGAGAGUUUCCCAGUCAGCGUCAGUCUCUUCCCCUGGAGGCACAUCAGCCCUGAUUUCUUCCCCAGUGAGCAAAGUUACUCAACUAAAGUAUUUACUGCUUUUUUGGAGCAGUAAACAAACAGAAGUAUAAAUGCAGCUGAUGCUGUGCGGUUAGAGCCAGCUGGGGCCACUAGAGGGCGACUUUCUGUCAAAGGAAGGAGCACUUGAGAGGGUGAGGAAGGGCCGAUUUCAGGAGGUGCCAUGGGGGGACUCAAAGACCCCAUCUGCUCAGAGUCUGCAUUACUGGCAGCUUUGCCUUACAUCUCCAAAACUAUUCUAGGUUGUAUGGCUCAGACUUGUCUGUUUUGGGGGGAAAGUAAGGAAUUCUGGCAGCUGUCCAUGAAUUACCUAGUGGCACAAUUAUGUAUUUGUUUAGCCCUGGUCUACUGAGAGCCUGAAAGAUACUAAUGUAGAAAUAAAGUGUGCUCACUGGAAAGAAAUGGCUUUUACAACUACUUUUAUUAGUAUAUACUUUUAUUUUUAAUCAUGUGUCUCCAGAAUGUCACAAGGGCUUUUUAAAGAAACACUAAAAGCAAACACACAAUAAACCAAGUGUAAAGGUGUCCUGUCUGAUUUGGUAGUGAUAGUUUUACAGUCUAACAUAAGUGUGCCAAUGUGUGUUUUGAGCUUUGUGAUAAUGCAGUUACGAGAUAAUAAUAAAUGAGGCUGGCGAAUGAUGUUGGCUGGUGAAUCCCAUGAUAAGCAUGUAACCUUUCCGGAUUAGCAGUAUGUCUUUGUGUCUUUCUAUCUUUAUUCUUUGGUAAGUAUACACUGAAAGCUGCUCCUCACCAGAGCCAAAUUCCUUGUAUGUUUGAUCAUUUCCAAUACACUUAAUUCUGUUUGAUUCUUUAAGGAUUUUCAUUUAAAACAUAUCACACAUAAACACAGUACUGACAGUGUGGGGAAUUAAUUUUUUUCUGUUGCAAGGUAGCAGUAAUAAUAAUAAUAAUGCAUGACAUUAAAUCACCUAAAUUUGACAGUGACAAUAUGCAUUUGUGCAUCCACACACCUUGGAGUGGAGACAUACCUUGGAACUGAAAGCCAUUUUAGUAUCACUCAUAUCUAGCAGCUGAAGGAAUUAUAAGUGAAAGAGAAAGUUAUUCUUCAAAACUGCAGGUGUGACACGACUGUUCACAGGUACGGCAGGAAUGGUGCAAUCACCAUUUAUGAGAUUAACAUUGUUGGAACAAUGCCCAAAUAGACAAUUAUUCUUUUGUGAUUUAUGUCUGUACUGUAUGUAACACAGACAGAGCAUUGAAACCGGUUGUAUCAAAUGUAGUCUUUUGUGGGUUUAUUCAUCAAGGAUGCCACAAUGUCCAUCCUCAGCAUCGCUCUGUCUAUGUAAAACAAUGUCUGUGUUCAGAAGAACGACUGUUGUGAGGCCAUUUUGUUUCCAUACAUGUUUCUUAUAAUCACCCAUGUGGGAUGUGACAAUAAAACCAGUGGUAUUAGUACAAACUCUGAUUCAUACACACAAUUGUGUGUUUGUGUGUUUUUCUAUGCCUUUUGUAAAAUGGACAUUUCUUUUGAGAUGAUUUUUUUUCAUAUACUUUGUUUGAGGGAUACAUUUCAUAUGCAUGUGAAAAGACCUAUUUUCCUACAAAAAUAAAUCAGAAAUGCAUAUUGAA